GAUCCUUGAGUUUUGAUCGCAUUCCAUCAAGUAUCCAUCCUCACGCGAAUGGUAUCGGAAAUUGGCAAAAGAGCCGAAAGAGGUUGACUUAUUUGGUAACAGUUACCUGUUUGGGGGAAAUGCCUAGACACGUGCCUAUGUCUAUUCCCAGAGGAUUGGAGUUGAGAAGGUCGCAGUAUGGUGGCGGUGCGACAUUGAAUGGUACUACUGCUACUACUGCCAAUAUGGUGGUGGAUAAAAUGAACGCUGUCCCUGGAUUUCUGGCUAGUGCUGCUUUCUUUACUUUCCUUCGAGCCAAUCUGGUCCUGCCACCAUCAACACUCAACUCUGCAACCUCAACUCCAAUUCUGAGCGCAUCAUUUUCUCACAAUCUCCCACUACUUCGCCCGUCGUCUCUCGCAACUAUGUCUUCCAAUAUCGACGACGAUAAUACCGUUGUUCCCGAUCCCCUUGACGGCGUUCCCUCUCUCACCACCACCACGUUAGACACCGAAGAGGAUAAAACGAAAGCCCUAAAACUAGUCGCAGAUUCUAUUGCCCAACAACGACAGAUCGCUGCCCAAGCAUUAAUUUUCCAUCCCCUUACUCUUACUUUUUACGCAUUAUUAAUCGCGAUUGUUACAAAAUGGCAAUACACAGACACCAGCGAUUUGGGGUUGCUUGGAACCACACUCGCAGGAGUAACAAUGGCAUGUUUGGUAGCAGUUCGAGCUGCCACUGCAGGAUAUUUACACACGGCCGAAGAGUUCAAUUGGAAUUUUGCUAAAAAUGAUGAAGGAGAGGAAGAUGUUAUUAUUGGAUCUCGAUAUGGGGAAGAACUCAUCGGAGCACUCAUAUUGCGCAUUGAACGAGCUCCUCAUGUAACUGGAUCACCAAGGAAGGGGAAAAGUGGGAAGAAGGGAGGGAAAGGUGUAAUCAGGGCAUGGACUACAAAAGUGAGGUAUAGAGGCACAGGUGUAGGAACAGAGAUGUUAGAAGAGGCUGUCAGAAUAACGAGAGGGAAAUUUGGAAAUUCCGCAGAGGUGGGUUUUGCUAAAGAACAUGCAAAUGCGAAGAUGAUAUUGCCGGAAAUGUUCAAUGGGGAGUUCAGGAGGAGGGAGAGACGGGCAGCAGGAGCAUUGGAAGCGGUGGUCGAGGGUGGAAGAGGGAAGAAGAGGUAGAUGAAUGGGUAUAGAUGGGAUAGAUUUGAGGCCUUUGUAAUUUCCUCCGGGUGGUAGUUCGGGUAUGGGUUCGGGCUUGGGUCAGGAUUUUGGAUAUCAUACAGGAUUUGGUCAUAGAAUAGCAUGGCAGCAAGAAUGAGCUACCUCUCGGUGCUCUUGACAAUCGUUUAUAGCAUAGCGAGUCAGUCUUUUGGUCAGGGAUGGGCACAGGUUAGAUAUAUUACUAUAAUCACUUCAUUGAACUACA